AUGGAUGCUCUUCUCGAUGGACUCAAUCCGGCGCAGAAGAGUGCGGUCACCAACCCGGCCUCCGUCGUCCAGGUGCUGGCGCCUCCAGGAUCGGGCAAGACGAAAACACUGACUUCACGCGUCGCAUACCUGAUCAACCACAACCGACUCCAGCCAUGGAAUAUCAUCGUCUGCACGUUCACUAUAAAAGCCGCGCGGGAAAUGAAAGAGCGGAUCCGGGGGUUUGUUGGGGAGGGUAUUGAGGCGAAAUUGAUCUUGGGCACAUUCCAUUCGGUCGCGCGCCGGUUCUUGGUCCGGUAUGGGAAUCAUAUUGGCAUUGAGAAGAAUUUUGGGAUUGCAGACACUUCGGACACAUUGGCGAUUAUAAAGCGCAUCGUUAAGCGGCAACGUUACGGCGUGGAACCAGGCGUAGCUCGGUCGAGGAUAUCAGGGUUGAAGGCGAGGAGUACCAGCGUGGAGCAAUUCGCAGCUACGAACAAGAAAGCGGAGCAACACGAGUUUGCGGCCCUCUAUGCCGAGUAUGAGGAGACACUGAAGACUUCUAAUUUACUGGACUACGACGAUCUUCUUCUUAGAUGUACUGAUCUCCUCCGAAAGCAUCCUGAAUGCGUUUCGAGCAUCCAGGCGGUACUCAUUGAUGAAUUCCAGGAUACGAAUCACGUCCAGUACGAACUGAUGACUCUCUUGUCACAAAAGCAAAAGUGUAUUACUAUUGUUGGGGACCCGGACCAGAGCAUCUACGGAUUUCGAUCCGCGGAGAUAAAGAAUCUCAAGCUGAUGAGAGAGCACCACCCGGAGACGGUGGUCAUUCACUUGGAGAAUAAUUACAGGUCGUCGGGCUGCAUAUUGACCUCUGCGCUCGCCGUGAUCGAGCAAGACGAGAGCCGACAUAACAAACCUCUUCUUCCCACCCACGUUGUGGGAGAACGGCCCGUUCUUCGCAAACUUCCAAAUGCCGUAGCCGAAGCAAAAUGGCUUGUCUCGGAAAUACAACGAUCCAAAACACUGACCGGAGAGAUUUUUACCUUCAAUGACUAUGCAAUCCUUCUCCGCUCAGCAGCCCUCUCUCGGCUCAUUGAGACCCAACUUGGCAAAGCCGGGAUUCCGUAUCGAAUGGUGGGCGGACAUCGAUUUUACGAUCGAGUGGAAGUCAAGCUUGUUUUGGAUUAUCUUCGCGUCGUCAACCAACCCGAUCACAAUGACGCUCUUGUCAGGAUAAUCAAUAACCCGCCACGGAAGAUUGGUGAAGUCACUGUGAAGGCACUGUUAGAAGAAGCCGAAGCACAGAAGAUGACUCUAUGGGAUCUCGUUCUUAAUCAAGCUCAAGGGAGGAAAAGACCUCGGACGAAACUUUCAGCACAAGCUGAAAAGGGCAUUGACAUGUUUGUCAACCUGAUUCUGACGUCGAGAAAGAAACUACUCAACGAGGACGGUAAGGACUGUUCUUUGGUAGAUAUUAUCGCGCAUGUUCUCAACAAGCUAUCCUUCCAAGAAUUUCUAAGAAAGACGUAUCGAGAGGAGUGGGAAGGGCGAUGGGCUAACGUGGAGGAGUUGGUCGCGCAAGCAACCGAUGUUGCUCUGUCCACGGAAGCUGGCGAUAACGCUCUCGAUGAAAGCUUGCCAGUUGUCGAGGGAAUCGAGCAGCGCACGCUAUCAUCGGGAGACAUCUUGACCAAAUUCCUCUCGAAUGUAGCACUGUCUACCGAAGUUGAGAAGAAGGACGGGCAACGAGCUGAACAGGUCACUAUAUCAACAAUCCAUGCCGCCAAGGGACUAGAAUGGCCGGUCGUCUUCAUUCCUGCUGCUUAUGAAGGAUCGAUUCCGCAUUCAAGAUCAGAGGACACGGACGAAGAGCGACGACUUUUAUACGUUGGCAUGACGAGGGCGCAAGCGUUGCUAUACCUGAGUUGUCCCACCAAAAACUCUCAGAGAGAGCAGACGACAAUCUCACCGUUUGUCACUCCAAAGAACGUAGCGAGAAGCUUUGAUAUCAGGGGGCCAUCUUUUGGGUUCCAGACAACUCAGGACCUGUCCCACAUCCUUCGGCGUGCUUGUCCCGCAGGCUCAAUCAUUCAGCAUGCGCGGACACUUGUCGAGCAUGUCGAAGAUGACGUCUACCCCUUGGAUGGAGAAGAUAUCGACCCUGAGAGCAAUUACUGGGACAUCGACGAUCAAUACAGCGAUGCUUUUCCUUCUGAUUUUCCUUCGAAACGUCGCAAGUUUGAAACGGCGAAAGCUACCACGAUGACAACGUCGACAAUGCAGAGCACCUCACAAUAUUCCAUAUCAAACACCACUCUUCCCUCAAGUGGAUUUGUUAGCGCUACUGCACAUAUGAAGGUCCUCCAAGAGACCGCAGCUGCGCAGAAAUUCAGCACGGCGAAAGAGUAUAUACCAAAGAAGCUCCAGCGGGAGGAUAGCGGGACCAGCAAGGCUGCUGGAGCAUCUACGAAGAGAUCGACCAAGCGGCCAGCAGGACAAGGGAGUAUCAAGAGCUUCUUUAACCAAUCAAGCGCUAUCCCAAAAGAGCUUACGGGGAAGCCUACUCAUUUGGUUGAGCCUUCUCAACAUUCUCCCGGGUUCUCCUCAACUUUUCAGCAGCCACCCCUGAACGAUAUAUCCAAUCUCCGCAAGCAGACUGUGACCUCAAAGCCUGUUUAUGUGCCGCCCACUAUAUCAACACACCGACCACGAAACCAACCGCUUGUGGGCAAGCCGCGACGGACUGAUGAGGAAGAGGUUGGAGAAACGAAUCGCUAUAUACUGCUGUCGAGUUCGCCAGGGAAACCAGAAGAGGGGAAUGAUGCAAAUGUGGGAAAUGGUGCCUCCUACAACACAGAACCCCCUAGCCCAACCGAAAUCCUAUCUGAAACUGUCUCCACCAUUGCCGCUUCUUCAGCUGGCUUCCGCCCCGCGUCUACUCUCCAUACUACGAGCAUGUCGACAUUGACCAGCUCAACUGCACCGCAACGUAAGACGCUGGGGAUGCGAAGGAGUUUACAGGGCUGGAGCGUGAAGUCGCAUCAGCCUCCACGACCGAAAUGAGUGUUCUUUGUUUCUCGAUACCCUGAGUGUCGUUAGCGUGGCGUUUUGUAUGUAUGAGCGUAUGAGCUGCAUCUUUACAGUCAGAUAUUGGAAGCGAUGGCAUGGCGUUUCAGAUGAGCGUAUUUUGAUAUCCUUUAUUUUUGAAGGUAUGAUAGCAUCUAUUGGUGAAGGAUCGAAAUCACGACACUUUCUAGCACUAUACGCGCCAAUAUACGACUUUCGCAUUGAGUGAUAUGACUACAACAGCAUUGGUAUCCAAACCCAGCGCUACUCCAACCAUACGCCGAACUAAUCAAUCCGCUAAACACGGCCCAAUCCAAGCAUUCCAAACCCAUUAAAAUCAUCAUCACAGCCACCUCAAGCUCAAGCUUCCGACUUCGGUUGCUCCCUCCCCACCGACCCCCCUCAUACUCCAGCAAAUAACAC